UCUCCCUUUAUCCUUUCCUCUCUCCCUUCUCCUUUUUAUUUCUUCUCUUUCUUGCGCAAGAAUAAGAAAAGCCGACGGCCCCAGCGGCUGAUAGAUCGGGAUUGGUAACAGCGGAGAAUCCCUGGGUCCCAUGUAGUACAAGUAAGAGUGGCAGAGAGAGGAAAUUGAAACCAGAAGCUAUUCAUGGCCGCCAAUCCCAUUUCUCAGAGACGAGCAUUGGCACUCCUUAGACAGCAAUUCUCCAGCCCUACCCUCAACUCUCAGCCAGCUUCUCUUCUCAGGUGCCGUUCCUCUCAGAAAACCCAGAACCACAAACACGAUGAACAACUGCAGAACAAUACCCAACGACCCAAAUUGUCAACCCCCAAAACCAAAAGGGCUAAGGAUAUGGCCAAGCUUAUCGACUCCAUGCCGUGGUCAACUGAGCUCGAAUCUUCUCUCUCUACAAUCGCUUCCUCUCUCUCCAAAACGACAGUGCACCAAACUCUCCACCUUAUCAAAGCCCCCAGCAAAGCCCUUCAAUUUUUCAAGUGGGCGGAGGUAAUGGGUUUCUCUCACAAUGACCAAUCCUACUUCUUGAUGCUUGAAAUCUUGGGUCACAAUCGAAAUCUCAAUGCUGCUCGAAAUUUCUUGUUUUCGAUUGAAAAGAAGUCUAAUGGGGCGGUUAAGCUCGAGGACCGGUUCUUUAAUAGCUUGAUAAGGAACUAUGGUCGAGCUGGGCUGUUCCAAGAGUCUAUAAAGCUUUUUAGUACAAUGAAGUCGAUUGGUGUUUCGCCUUCUGUUAUUUCGUUCAAUAGUCUGCUGUCGAUUUUGCUUAGAAAGGGGCGGACCAAUAUGGCCAAGAAUGUGUAUGAUGAAAUGGUUAGUAUGUAUGGAGCUACACCGGAUACUUGUACGUUUAAUACUUUGAUUAGAGGGUUUUGUAUGAACUCCAUGGUUGAUGAAGGUUUUCGCUUUUUCAAAGAAAUGUCACGUUUCAAAUGUGAUCCGGAUGUCAUUACCUACAAUACUCUUGUUGAUGGGUUGUGUAGAGCAGGGAAGGUUGGUAUUGCCCAUAAUGUGGUGAAGGGCAUGAAUAAGAGAAGUGCAGAUUUGAAUCCAAAUGUUGUUACUUAUACGACCUUGAUUAGAGGUUAUUGUAUGAAACAAGAGAUUGAUGAGGCUUUAUGUGUUUUGGAGGAGAUGACUAGCCAAGGGUUGAAACCAAAUGGAAUUACCUGCAAUACUCUAAUUAAGGGGCUUUGUGAAGCGCAUAAGCUAGAUAAGAUAAAAGACAUUUUGGAAGGAACAAUGAGCGGUGGAGAAUUUACUCCUGAUACUUGUACGUUUAACACACUGAUGCAUUCGCAUUGCAAUGCAGGAAACUUGGAUGAAGCAUUGAAGGUUUUUGCAAAGAUGUCAGAGCUAAAGGUCCCGCCAGAUUCAGCUACAUACAGUGUUUUGAUAUGCAGUUUGUGUCAACGAGGGGAUUACAGUAGAGCAGAGGAGUUGUUCGAUGAGCUAUCAAAGAAAGAAAUACUGUUAAGUGAUGACGGUAGUAAGCCUCUUGUUGCCUCUUAUAACCCUAUUUUUGAGUAUUUGUGUAGUAAGGGGAAAAUGAAAAAGGCCGAGGCAGUGUUUAGGCAGCUAAUGAGAAGAGGAACGCAAGACCCUGUGUCCUAUAAGACUUUGAUCAUGGGCCAUUGUAAGCAAGGUACAUUUGAAACCGGGUAUGAACUCUUAGUCUGGAUGCUUAGAAGGGAUUUUGUGCCUGAUGUCGAAAUUUAUGAAUCCUUGAUUGGUGGUCUCUUGCAGAUGGGUAAGGCCCUUCUUGCUCAACAGACGCUAGAGAAGAUGCUGAAAAGCUCUCAUCUCCCAAAAACGUCUACAUUCCAUUGUAUACUUGCAGAACUUUUAGAAAAGAAUUGUGCCCUUGAAUCUGCCAAUUGUGUUAUUUUAAUGCUGGAGAGAAAAAUUAGACAAAAUAUUAAUCUCUCAACACAUCUUGUAAGGCUACUUUUCAGCAGUGGGUUGCGUGACAAAGCAUUUGAGAUUGUAGGGAUGCUCCAUGAGAAUGGAUACUCAAUUAAAAUGGAAGAAGUGGUUGAUUUUCUUUGCCAGAGAAGAAAGCUGUUAGACGCAUGCAAAAUGUUGCAAUUCAGUCUGCAGAAGCAUCAAAGUGUCGGUAUUGAUAUUUUCAACCAAGUCAUCGAAGGGCUUUGUAAUAUCAAUAAACCUUCAGAAGCAUUCGGCUUGUACUAUGAACUGGUUGAGAAUGCAGGCUAUCAGCAAUUUCCGUGCUUAGGAUCCUUAAAAUCUGCACUGGAGAUUGCAGGAAAAUCAGUUGAAGCUGAGUUUCUAUCUAAAAGGAUGCCAGGAGAGCAGUCGCUGGACAAAUCCCAGAGGUCAAGACCUCAACUAGCAAAGAUGUCGAAAGUCAAGAGAAACGGUACUAAUCGUUCUUCCAAGCAGUACCAUGCCCCAACUAGGUAUGCUCCUACACCGGGGAAGGCAACCGUCCUUGCAUUGGGCAAGUCUUUCCCGAGCCAACUCAUCCCGCAGGAUUGCUUGGCCGAGGGCCACAUUCGUGACACGAAAUGUGAAGACGUCACUGUCAUGGAAAAACUGGAGCGCUUGUGCAAAACCACUACUGUGAAGACUAGAUACACAGUGAUGUCCAAGGAAAUCCUAGACAAAUACCCUGAGCUAGCAACAGAGGGCACAGCCACCAUCAAACAGCGCCUCGAAAUCGCAAACCCUGCGGUGGUUGAGAUGGCUUUGGAAGCCAGCCUUGCUUGCAUCAAGGAAUGGGGAAGGCCAGUUGAAGAUAUCACUCACAUUGUCUACGUAUCCUCAAGUGACAUCAGACUCCCUGGCGGCGACCUAUACCUCUCAAGCAAGCUCGGCCUAAGAAACGAUAUUGGCCGCAUCGUGCUCUACUUCCUAGGAUGUUACGGUGGUGUCACUGGCCUCCGCAUUUCCAAAGAAGCUGAAAACAACCCAGGAAGUCGCGUCUUGCUAACCAUUUCCAAGACCACAAUCCUUGGUUUCCGGCCCCCCAACAAGGCGCGCCCUUACGACAUUGUAGGGGCAGCGCUAUUUGGGGACGGAGCUGCAGCUGUGAUCAUUGGUAGCAACCCAAUAGCAAGGCAAGAGUCUCCUUUCAUGGAGCUCAACUAUGCCAUCCAGCAGUUCCUCCCGGAGACACUCAAUGUGAUCAACGGCAGGCUGUUCGAGGAAGGUAUUAACUUCAAGCUUGGGAGGGACCUGCCUCAGAAAAUCGGUGAAAACAUAGAGGUGUUUUGCAAGAAGCUGGUUGUGGCGGCCAAUGCGGAGCUGAGGGACUUCAAUGAGCUGUUUUGGGCUGUGCACCUGGGCGGACCGGCAAUUCUGAACAAGCUGGAGAGCACGCUAAAGCUGAGCAGUGAUAAGCUGGAGUGCAGCAGGAGGGCAUUGAUGGACUAUGGGAAUGUGAGCAGCAACACCAUUUUUUAUGUGAUGGAAAUAAUGAGGGAGGAGUUGAAGUUGAAGAAAAAGGAGGGGAGGGAAGAGGAAUGGGGACUUGCCUUGGCAUUUGGAACUGGGAUCACGUUUGAAGGCAUUCUCCUUCGCAGCCUCUAGUGGUGUGAAUUGUCUCAAAAUGCUAGGAGUGUUGUGCAUGUUGAACGGGACACGGAUACGGAUACAGAAAUAUGAUACGCUGUUAGAAUUUGGUUAAUGAAAUGGGGUUGUUCGAAGUAUAAUGGAGAUUAGUGAUGUUUUUUUCUUUAAACUCUGUUUUUAUGUUUCUUUUUUCUUUUUUCUUUUUUCUUUUUUGGCUAUGGAGAAAAGGAAUUUGUGUCCAAAUCCGUUGGCUAUGGCAUGAAGUUUAUGAAUUCUUCUGCAAUUUAUAAAAGCAAGAAAUGAAAAAGAACACCUCAUCCGUAAUAAUUUUCUGUUUUAAUUCUACUUUUGUCUUUUAAUUUGACAAUUUUAUACGUAACAUGUUAACAUGAUUCAAUCUAUCACGAAUAUAAG